AGACAACAGCAUACAUGCCAAGAGCCAGAGGAAUCAACAAGAGUGCAUACGAUCUUCCUGGUAAAAGCUCCAUCACUUUCCACGGUCAAAUCAAAACUCCAGCACACAAGCUGUAGCAUGCCGAGAACAGAGGAUGUGAAGAUGAAUGCCCAUAUUGACACUAUCAAAGAGAAGAACCACAAUAGAGCUUCAUCUUCUCUAUUCUCGGAAUGUUAGGGCUUGCGUGUUGGAAUUUUGGUUUGGGUGUGGAGCAAGUGAUGGAGCUUUUAUCAGGAAGAUCAUAUGCAUUCUUGUUGAUUCUUAUGGCUCUUGCCAUGUAUGCUGUUGUCUUUGUAGCCUGCUACCUUCCCAUCUUGCGCCAUUGGAGGGAGCUUUUCACCUACCCCUCAUCGAUGGUAGGUGAGACCAGCCUUUUACCGCUGAAAUUUCUGGUCAGCCUCCUUCUCCAGGCCGUCUGGUUGGUGGUUGAAGACACCAAAGACAAGCUCUACUUGCCUCUCAUUAUGCUGAUAGCCUUCUCCAUUAUCAUCAUUGUCAAAGUGGAGAUAUUUUUAAGGCACGAUGAGAUGAAAAUACUUGAAGAAGUAGCUGGCUCUUUUCUGCGAUUCAUGGUUGAAGCUGUAGGAGUUAAGAACUAUGUGGGGGCUUGCUUAUGCAUUUGCCCUACCGUGAUUGCAAUCAUAGCAGUGCUCUCUCCUCCUUUGGAUGCUGAUGAGGUCCUUGGCAGAUUUUUCAAAUCUGUCUAUGAAUCUAUUGGUGGCUAUUUCACAGCUACAAGAAUCCAGAACUGAUGGGGCUGCGACUCGCGAUGGAGGGAGUAAGAUUCUACCAUGCACUUGUGGAUGGGGGGAUUAAUUGCUCCUGCUUGUUUGCCUCUUCACUCUAUUAUUUUCCUUAUGGUCUGUUUAUAACUAUAUAGCCAAUAGAUGAUGGUUACAUAUAUCCUGUAGUAGGAAUCGUAUGCAUAUAUAGGUAGUUUUGUUGCACAGUCAACUAGAUGUGUGAUAUUCCUUGUUAUAUGCCCAACUCCGAAAGGCUUGCCCUGUUUUGUUCUUCUAUUGGCAUGAGAUUUAAGUAAUGCUACAGAUUUAUCUAUAUAUAUUAUGCU